AUGUUGAACGAUACGAUCGCUUUGCAAAUUCUGCAAACUGCCAUUACGGAUCAAACCUUCUCACGAAUUGUGGCAGCAUCAACAUCUAAAGAGGCAUGGGAGGCUUUGAAGACUGAAUAUGAAGGAUCUACGCAAGUUCGUUUGGUUAAACUUCAAGCGUUGCGUAGGGAAUACGAAAAUCUAAAGAUGUAUGAUGGAGAAGACAUCAAAUCAUUCACUGAUAAGUUGAUUGUUUUGGAAAAUCAAUUAACUUAUCAUGGAAAAAAGAAAACAAAUUCUCAAGUCGUUCAGAAGAUACUCAUUUCUCUCCCAGCCAAGUUCGAUAGCAUUGUCAGCGUUUUGGAACAAACUCGCGACUUGGAUUCAUUAACAAUGACAGAGCUAAUCGGUAUUUUGAAAGCACAUGAAGCAAGGCUAUCUGCAAGAGAUGAAAGCACAAAUGAAGGAGCAUUCAAUGCCCGCACAAAGGCAAGAGAAACCGGUUCCAAACAAAACAACACUAGAAGCCGUGAGAAUCAAGGCAAGAAGUGGUGUGAGUUUUGCAAGAGAAGCAGUCACACAAACGAAGAGUGUUGGAAGAAACCGAAGGAGAACGAUCAAGGCAAGAAUAAGAAAAGUAACAUUAAGUGUUACAAUUGUGGUAAGAUCGGCCACUACUCAAACAAGUGUCGCUCAAAGAAGAAAGAGAGGGCACAUGUGAGUCUCGAAGAAGAAGACUCGAGUGAUGAAGAUCACAUGUUGUUUACUGCAAGUGAAAUCGAAGCAGCAACAAAAAAGAAGAUAUUUGGUUAG